GACUCGAGUAGUAUAAAAGGGGCUUAAGGUGAUGGAGAAGACGAAGAGGACGACUAAUUAAGGAGGCUAGCAUCCGACCCCCACCACUUAAUUAUCCUGGCACUUGUGCAGACGGCCAUGGAGAAGAAGAAGAAGAAGCUCCCCUUGUGCCUCGACUCCCUCCCGGCGAUGCGCGCGCUGGUGGUGCUAGCGAUCGUACUGCUGGCCAUCACCACCCCUUGCUCCGAUGUUCAAGCAGCAGCCCACGAUGAUGACGAUGGAACUGACUUGUGCGUGCACUCAGAUGAUGCAACUGUGGCUCAUCCCGACGGAUCCCGUGGUGGCCGGUGGCCGCCGGCGCCGUUCGGCAACCCCGCGCGCGGGUACGACGUUCCGCCGCCGCCGCAGCAGCAGCAGCGGGGGCGCCGCCUCCUGCACCGCGCCGGCGGGAGGUCGGGCGCCGGAGCUGGUAGGGACGAGUAACGUCUACAAUUACUCAUCACCAUGUUGUGCAAAUUGUCUUGUGCACUGUGGAUGCAUGUCUAUGGUUUAUGGAAUUAUGAGUGAGUAUGUAUUAUCGGACAUAAAUAAUCCUCAUUCAGAAUCACAUGGUAAUAAUUAAGUCGGUGGAGUAUUUCUUCCUUGGGAGGCUGAGA